UUUACGCAGCUCUCGCGAGAAUACGUUCUCUUCCCAGGCCGUCGUUGUAUGAGACAUAGGCCAUGUUCAGUUCUAGCGCGAAAAUCGUGAAGCCCAAUGGCGAAAAGCCAGACGAGUUCGAGUCUGGUAUUUCCCAGGCUCUGCUGGAGCUGGAGAUGAACUCAGACCUGAAGGCUCAGCUGCGGGAGCUCAACAUCACCGCUGCUAAAGAAAUCGAAGUGGGUGGCAGCAGGAAAGCCAUCAUCAUCUUCGUGCCUGUGCCCCAGCUGAAGUCCUUUCAGAAGAUCCAGGUGCGGCUCGUGCGUGAGCUGGAGAAGAAGUUCAGUGGCAAGCACGUGGUCUUCAUUGCUCAGAGGAGAAUUCUGCCCAAGCCAACAAGGAAAAGCCGUACAAAGAAUAAGCAGAAGCGCCCAAGGAGUCGUACUCUGACAGCCGUGCACGAUGCCAUCCUUGAGGACCUCGUCUAUCCCAGUGAGAUCGUUGGCAAGAGGAUCCGUGUGAAACUGGACGCCAGUCGGCUCAUCAAGGUCCACCUCGACAAGGCACAGCAGAACAAUGUUGAACACAAAGUGGAGACUUUCUCCGGUGUCUACAAGAAGCUCACAGGCAAAGAUGUUGUAUUUGAAUUCCCUGAAUUCCAGCUGUAAAUGUGCAGAUGACAAAAUAAAUUUGUUUACUGUCACAUGA